CGCUUUCCGGUUCCGGUGCCGGGUCGCGUUUCGGGCCGGCGAGAUGUCGGACUCGGAGAGCGAGGAGGAGGCGGAGGGGGGCCGCGCUGGGCCCUUCUCCCUGGCCGGGUUCCUCUUCGGGAACAUUAAUGAGGCGGGGCAGCUGGAGGGGGAGAGCGUCCUGGACAAGGAAUCCAAGAAGCAUUUAGCCGGAUUGGGCGCCUUGGGGCUGGGCAACCUGAUCACCGAGAUCACAGCCAGCGAGGAGGAUGCUGCUGAGCCUGACGGAGCCCAGCUGGAUGAGGAAGGCUGGGUUAAGAGCACAGAGGAUGCUGUUGAUUACUCUGAUAUUAAUGAGGUGGCUGAAGAUGAGAGCCGCAGAUACAGGCAGGCAAUGGGCACCCUUCAGCCAAUUCGAAGACAAGAUGAAGAUGAGGAUGAUUAUGAUGCUGACUGUGAAGAUAUUGAUUCCAAGCUGAUGCCGCCGCCGCCUCCACCUCCAGUAAAGAGAGAUGACGAAAAAGAUGCAACUGUCCCUGUAUCUGAAGAUGGAGAUGGUAUCAUUCUGCCUUCCAUCAUUGCCCCGUCCUCUGCUACCUCUGAGAAGGCAGAUUUCAGCAGCUCUUCUGAUUCUGAGUCAGAGAUGGGACCCCAAGAUGCAAGGCAGGCAGAAUCCAAGGAAGGGAAACUGACGCUGCCUCUUGCAGGAAUAAUGCAGCGAGAUGCCACCAAACAGCUGCCGAGUGUUACUGAGCUAUUCCCGGAAUUCCGGCCCGGCAAGAGCUUUGGUGCACAGAUUUCAGAGCACUUUAUGAAUGGGGAGAGAGUACCCUUCUCCAGAUUACAGGUGCUGCGUUUUCUCCGUCUCUUUGGCCCUGGGAAGAAUGUUCCUUCUGUUUGGCGUAGUGCCCGGAGGAAACGUAAAAAGAAACAUCGGGAGCUAAUGCAAGAAGUGCAGAUCCAGGAGGGUGAAACUGCAGCUGAGGCAGGAAUGGAAGAGAAGUCUCCCUGGGAAUAUGAAUUUGCUCCUCCUCCUCCUCCUGAGCAGUGCCUCUCAGAUGAUGAGAUCACUAUGAUGGCACCUGUGGAGUCCAAGUUUUCCCAGUCUACUGGAGACAUAGACAAAGUGACAGAUACCAAGCCCAAGGUGUCUGAAUGGCGUUAUGGGCCAGCUCAGCUCUGGUAUGAUAUGCUGGGGAUCCCUGAGGAUGGCAGCGGAUUUGACUAUGGUUUCAAACUAAAAGAGCAUGCGAGAGAAAAAGAGACUUCAAAUCAUUCUGUGGAGAAGAACUUGGGAGUGAUGGCUGAGAAGGAUGACUUGCUGGCUGAUGAGCACUUCCUCAUGGUGACACAGCUACAAUGGGAGGAUGAUGUGAUCUGGAAUGGGGAGGAUGUCAAACACAAAGGGACUAAAACACAGCGUGCAAGCCUGGCAGGCUGGCUGCCCUCUAGUAUGACCAGAAACGCCACUGCAUACAAUGCCCAACAAGGGCUGAACCGUAGUGGCUCUUUGCUCAAUCCACCCAUUCCACUAGUGCAGAAACCCAGUAUAGCAGGGGUCCUGGGCAUCGCAAAGGGCAAAGAGAAACAGCCUCCUGAGCAGCAAGCUGCCCUGGAUGAAGAUAAACCCUGGUUCUCCAUUUUCCCAAUCGAUAACGAGGAGUUAGUGUAUGGCCGUUGGGAAGACAAUAUCAUCUGGGAUGACCAGGCGAUGGAAAUGUUCUUGGAUCCUCCAGUCCUGACACUUGAUCCAAAUGAUGAAAACAUCAUCCUGGAAAUUCCUGAUGAAAAGGAAGAGAUGACUUUGAACUCCCCCUCCAAGGAGAACAAGAAAGAAUCAUCUCUAAAGAAGAGUCGGAUCCUGUUGGGAAAAACAGGCGUCAUCAAGGAAGAACCACAGCAGAAUAUGUCUCAGCCGGAGGUGAAGGAUCCCUGGAAUCUCUCCAAUGAUGAGUUUUACUAUCCCAAACAGCAGGGUCUUCGAGGAACCUUUGGAGGGAACAUCAUCCAGCACUCUAUCCCUGCAGUGGAACUUCGCCAGCCAUUCUUCCCUACCCAUAUGGGUCCUAUGAAGCUCCGACAAUUUCAUCGCCCUCCGUUGAAGAAAUAUUCCUUUGGGACCUUGUCCCAGCCAGGACCCCAUUCUGUGCAGCCACUGCUGAAACAUAUCAAGAAGAAAGCCAAGAUGAGAGAGCAGGAGCGGCAGGCUUCAGGAGGUGGUGAGAUGUUCUUCAUGCGCACACCACAGGACCUAACUGGUAAGGAUGGUGACCUCAUCCUUGCUGAGUAUAGUGAGGAAAAUGGCCCUUUAAUGAUGCAAGUUGGCAUGGCAACAAAGAUAAAGAACUACUACAAGCGGAAACCUGGCAAAGACCCUGGAGCACCAGAUUGUAAAUACGGAGAGACUGUUUACUGUCACACAUCUCCAUUCCUGGGAUCGCUGCACCCUGGCCAGUUACUGCAGGCAUUUGAAAACAAUCUCUUCCGGGCUCCUAUUUAUCUGCACAAGAUGCCAGAAACGGAUUUCCUAAUUAUCCGGACACGACAAGGCUGUUACAUUCGGGAGCUGGUUGAUAUCUUUGUCGUUGGACAGGAGUGCCCCCUCUUUGAAGUUCCUGGUCCCAACUCCAAACGGGCCAAUACCCAUAUCAGAGACUUUCUACAGGUCUUCAUUUAUCGCUUGUUCUGGAAGAGUAGAGACCGGCCCCGGAGAAUUCGCAUGGAGGAUAUCAAAAAGGCAUUUCCUUCGCACUCCGAGAGCAGCAUUCGAAAGCGGCUAAAGCUAUGUGCUGACUUUAAACGCACAGGGAUGGACUCAAAUUGGUGGGUGUUAAAGUCAGACUUCAGAUUACCAACAGAAGAGGAAAUAAGAGCGAUGGUGUCCCCAGAGCAAUGCUGCGCCUAUUAUAGCAUGAUUGCAGCUGAACAGAGGCUAAAGGAUGCAGGUUAUGGGGAAAAAUCAUUCUUUGCCCCAGAGGAAGAGAAUGAAGAGGACUUCCAGAUGAAGAUUGAUGAUGAGGUGCGCACAGCUCCUUGGAAUACCACACGAGCCUUCAUUGCUGCUAUGAAGGGGAAGUGUCUUCUGGAAGUGACUGGUGUGGCAGAUCCUACAGGCUGUGGUGAAGGAUUCUCUUAUGUGAAGAUCCCAAACAAACCAACCCAGCAGAAGGAUGACAAGGAACCACAGCCAGUGAAGAAGACUGUGACAGGGACAGAUGCUGAUCUCCGGCGUUUGUCUCUCAAAAAUGCCAAACAGCUUCUACGUAAAUUUGGUGUUCCUGAAGAAGAGAUUAAGAAGCUUUCCCGUUGGGAAGUGAUUGAUGUGGUGCGCACAAUGUCCACAGAGCAGGCUCGCUCAGGGGAGGGACCUAUGAGUAAAUUUGCACGUGGGUCUCGGUUCUCAGUGGCAGAACAUCAGGAGAGAUAUAAAGAGGAGUGUCAGCGCAUCUUCGACUUGCAGAAUAAAGUUUUAGAAUCAACUGAGAUCUUAUCAACAGACACAGACAGCAGCUCAGCUGAGGACAGUGACUUCGAGGAGAUGGGAAAGAAUAUUGAGAAUAUGUUACAGAACAAGAAAACCAGCUCACAGCUGUCUCGGGAGAGAGAAGAACAGGAGCGGAAGGAGCUGCAAAGGAUGCUUCUGGGAGAAGACAGUGGCAAUGACAAGGAAAGGAGCAAAAAGGACAGGAGAGACAAAAAAGGAUUGUCAUCAGCUUCGGGCACCUCAGCAGGCUCUCACAAAGAUGAUGACACUGCCUCUGUAACCAGUCUCAAUUCCUCUGCCACUGGCCGUCGCCUCAAAAUCUAUCGCACGUUUCGAGACGAGGAUGGGAAAGAGUAUGUGCGGUGUGAGACAGUUCGUAAGCCCUCUGUCAUUGAUGCCUACAGCCGAAUACGGACCACCAAGGAUGAAGAGUUCAUACGAAAAUUUGCCCUCUUUGAUGAGCAGCACCGGGAGGAGAUGCGGAAGGAGCGACGCAGGAUUCAGGAGCAGUUAAGGCGGCUCAAACGAAACCAGGAAAAAGAAAAACUCAAGGGCCCACCAGAGAAAAAACCCAAGAAAAUGAAGGAGCGGCCAGAUCUGAAGUUAAAAUGUGGAGCCUGUGGUGCAAUUGGACACAUGAGAACUAAUAAAUUCUGUCCCCUCUACUAUCAAACGAAUGCCCCGCCCUCCAAUCCUGUUGCCAUGACAGAGGAGCAGGAGGAAGAGCUGGAAAAGACAGUCAUUCACAAUGAUAACGAAGAGCUGAUCAAAGUGGAAGGGACCAAAAUUGUUCUUGGAAAGCAACUGAUUGAGAGUGCAGAUGAGGUUCGCAGGAAAUCACUGGUCUUGAAGUUCCCUAAACAGCAGCUUCCUCCAAAGAAAAAGCGGCGAGUUGGGACCACAGUUCAUUGCGAUUACUUGAAUCGGCCUCACAAGUCCAUCCAUCGGCGACGAACGGACCCUAUGGUAACUUUGUCAUCGAUUCUAGAGGGCAUUAUCAAUGAUAUGAGAGAUCUUCCUAAUACAUACCCUUUUCACACACCUGUUAAUGCAAAGGUUGUGAAAGACUAUUACAAAAUCAUUACACGGCCUAUGGACCUACAGACCCUGCGUGAAAAUGUCCGUAAACGUCUAUACCCUUCCCGGGAAGAGUUCCGUGAACACCUGGAGCUGAUUGUGAAGAACAGUGCAACAUACAAUGGGCCAAAACACUCACUGACCCAGAUAUCUCAGUCCAUGCUGGACCUCUGUGAUGAAAAACUAAAAGAGAAGGAAGAUAAACUGGCUCGUUUAGAGAAAGCAAUUAAUCCUCUCCUGGACGAUGACGACCAAGUGGCUUUUUCCUUCAUAUUGGAUAACAUCGUCACUCAAAAAAUGAUGGUGGUACCAGAUUCUUGGCCAUUUCAUCAUCCAGUUAAUAAAAAGUUUGUUCCAGAUUAUUACAAAGUGAUCAUCAAUCCAAUGGACCUAGAGAGCAUCCGCAAGAACAUCUCCAAACACAAGUAUCAGAACAGGGAGACCUUCCUGGAUGAUGUUAAACUGAUCCUUGCCAACAGCAUUAAGUACAAUGGUAAGUAAUUGCAAUAUUGGCCCUGAUAGUUACAUU